AUGCUCCGCAGAGCCGCGCCGUCCCUUGCUUUCUGGAGGCAGCGGCCGCAGGCCAACCAUGCGGGCCGGAACCUGUCCGCGCGGCUCCCACUACAGCCUCUUUCCCACAUCUCAUCGGCAGUGCCAGACCGCGCCGCGCAGCAGCGGACAACGCGGGUCUCCUUCCCUCGCGGCCGCACCCGCGACUUGUUCGACGGAACGCGGCACCGGGAUGCGGUCUCCUGGAACGCCGUGGUCUCUGGCCACGCCAGGCGCGGUAACGUCCCCGACGCGCUGGGUACCGCGGCGCGGAUGCAUAGCUCGGGACUACCGCUCACGGAGGCCACCUUCGCGUCGGUGGUCGGCGCAUGCGCACGCGGGCGGAUGUUCCACGCUGGGACGCAGGCGCACGGCCAAGUGAUCAAGUCCGGGUGCGAGGGCUUCGCGGUCAUCGGGGCGUCCCUCCUCGACUUCUACUCCUCGUGCUUCGACCUCCGUGCAACUCGCGCUCUCUUUGAGUCUCUGCACCCGAGGAACGAGCUGCUGUGGAGCCCGAUGGUGGUUGCGCUUGUGAGAUUCGGCUUGCUGGCUGAGGCCUUGGACUUGCUUCAAAUUACACCAGCGCCACGUGAUGUGUUUGCAUGGACCGCAGUCAUAUCUGGCUAUGCUAAGGGCACUGAUCAGUGCUGUGGCAAGGCACUGCUGCUGUUUGUGAAGUUAUUGGCUGAUGAUGGUGUCAUGCCGAAUGAGUACACUUAUGACAGUGUUUUGAGGGCAUGUGUGAGGUUGGGCGCAUUGGAUUUUGGGCGAUCCGUUCAUGGAUGUUUGAUCAGAUGUGGGUUUCGGUCUGAGCAGUUAGUCACUAGUGCUCUUGUUGAUCUUUACUGCACUUAUGAUGCUUUGGAUGAUGCACUGCUGGUCUAUAAUGACUUGGAUAGGCCAUCCUUGAUCACAUCCAAUACACUGAUUGCAGGACUUAUAUCCAUUGGUAGGGCAGAGGAUGCUAAGAUAGUAUUCUCACAGAUGCCAGAGCAGGACUCAGGUUCCUACAAUCUGAUGAUUAAAGCAUAUGCUAUGGAGGGAAAGCUUGAACAUUGCCGAAGGAUGUUUGAGAAGAUGCCUCGGAGAAACAUGGUGUCCUUAAACUCCAUGAUGUCGGUAUUGCUCCAGAACGGAAGGUUGGAAGAGGGGUUGAAGCUGUUUAAACAGAUUAAGGACGAGAGAGACACAAUAACAUGGAAUUCUAUGAUUUCAGGUUACAUUCAGAAUGACAAACCUUCAGAGGCUCUGAAGCUAUUUGUGGUCAUGUGCCGGUUGUCUAUUGGAUGCAGCCCGUCUACAUUCUCUGCUCUAUUGCAUGCCUGUGCAACUAUUGGAACUCUUGAGCAAGGCAGAAUGGUACAUGCUCACCUCUGCAAGACUUCGUUUGACUCCAAUGGUCAUGUUGGAACAGCCCUUGCUGAUAUGUACUUUAAAUGUGGUUGCGUGAUUGAUGCACGAUCUGCAUUUACUUAUAUCACAUCACCUAAUGUUGCCUCAUGGACAUCUCUUAUCAAUGGUCUUGCACAGAAUGGUCACUGGUUGGAGGCUCUGUUACAAUUUGGGAGGAUGCUGAAGCAUCAUGUCAGUCCCAACGAAAUCACUUUUCUGGGUCUCCUUAUGGCUAGUGCUCGUGCUGGUUUGGUUAACAAGGGGAUGAAAAUCUUUUACUCCAUGGAAAACUUUGGACUAGUUCCAACUGUGCAGCACUAUACUUGUGCUGUCGAUCUCCUUGGUCGGACUGGGCGUACCAGAGAAGCAGAGAAGUUCAUCUAUGAAAUGCCUUUGCCAGCGGAUGGUAUAAUCUGGGGAGCCCUACUUACUGCCUGCUGGUACUCGAUGGACCUAGAGAUGGGUGAGAAAGUUGCCCAGAGGCUUUUUUUCAUGGGCACAAAACAUAGGUCUGCUUAUGUCGCGAUGUCUAACAUCUAUGCUAAAUUGGGGAAAUGGGAAGAUGUUGUGAUGGUAAGGACACGGCUGAGGAGUCUAAAUGCGAAAAAGGAACCAGGCUGCAGUUGGAUUGAGAUCAAGGACAUAGUUCAUGUAUUCCUUGUGGACGACCAGAAUCAUCCUGAGAGAGAUAAUAUAUAUUCCAUGCUAGAAGGCCUUUUCUGCGUUACUGGAAGGCUGAAAACUAGGAAUGACCUUGAAUGCACACAGCUGAUAAUAUUUGCUGCUUCCUACAUUCCUGGAUUGAUGAAAGCAAAGAACACAAGGGGAGUAAUUUUGAUAUUACUUGAAACAUCAAAGGAAAAGGUUCGCAUAGGAAUAACAGUCUCUGGAAACAUCUACGGCCUUCGAAACCUCUCCCGCCUCGCGAGUCGCGACUCGUCUCGCGUCUCCGGAAGCAUGGGAGGCCUGGAGGAGGACGAGGCCAUGGAGGACCUCGACGCCGGGGUGGACGCCGAUGAGGACUAUUUCCCGCCGACGAUGAAGGUCGGGGAGGAGAAGGAGAUCGGGAAGGAGGGGCUCAAGAAGAAGCUCGUCAAGGAGGGCGAGGGGUGGGAUCGCCCCGAGACCGGCGACGAGGUCGAAGUGCGUUACAUUGGCACUCUUUUGGACGCAACAAAGUUUGAUUCGAGCCGUGACCGUGGAACCCCGUUCAAAUUCAAACUUGGACAAGGGCAAGUGAUUAAGGGAUGGGACCUGGGCAUCAAGACCAUGAAGAAGGGUGAGAACGCAAUCUUCACUAUUCCUCCGGGGCUUGCCUAUGGCGAGACAGGUUCACCGCCCACCAUUCCACCCAAUGCCACACUCCAGUUUGACGUUGAGCUCCUGUCAUGGGCCAGUGUCAAGGACAUAUGCAAGGACGGUGGAAUCUUCAAGAAGAUCCUUGUUGAAGGCGAGAAGUGGGAGAACCCCAAGGACCUUGAUGAAGUUUUUGUCAAGUAUGAGGCAAGACUCGAGGAUGGAACUGUUGUGUCCAAGUCUGAUGGUGUUGAGUUUGCCGUCAAAGAUGGUUACUUCUGCCCGGCGCUUUCGAAGGCUGCGAAGACAAUGAAGAAGGGCGAAAAGGUUCUCCUCACUGUCAAGCCACAAUAUGGAUUCGGAGAACAAGGAAAACCAGCUUCUGGAGAUGAAGUAGCAGUGCCUCCAAAUGCUACGCUGCAUAUAGAUCUUGAGCUGGUUUCUUGGAAGACUGUGACACUUAUCGGAGAUCGCAAGAGGAUCUUGAAGAAAGUCCUCAAGGAAGGCGAAGGUUAUGAACGUCCUAAUGAUGGAGCAGUAGUGAGAGUGAGGCUUAUUGGCAAAUUGGAGGAUGGUACUGUCUUUGUAAAGAAAGGGCAUGACGGUGAAGAGCCUUUUGAGUUGAAGACAGAUGAAGAGCAGGUUAUUGAAGGGCUUGACAUAACAGUGGUUAAUAUGAAGAAAGGAGAGGUUGCGUUGGUCAGAGUACCACCUGAACAUGCAUUUGGAUCUGUAGAAACAAAGCAAGAUCUUGCUGUUGUUCCUCCUGAUUCUACUGUCUUUUAUGAAGUGGAGCUUGUUUCCUUUGAGAAGGAGAAAGAAUCUUGGGACUUGAAGACCAAUACUGAGAAGAUCGAAGCAGCUGCCAAGAAGAAAGAUGAAGGGAAUGUGUGGUUUAAGAUGGGCAAGUAUGCCAAGGCCUCUAAGAGAUACGAGAAGGCUGCAAAAUACAUUGAGUAUGACAGCUCUUUCAGUGAGGAUGAGAAGAAGCAAUCAAAAGCUCUGAAAAUCAGUUGCAAGCUCAACAACGCAGCCUGCAAGCUGAAACUGAAAGAAUACAGAGAAGCAGAGAAACUCUGCACAAAGGUUCUGGAACUCGAGAGCACAAAUGUUAAGGCCUUGUACAGAAGGGCGCAAGCAUACAUCAAGCUUGUUGACCUAGAGCUGGCAGAGUUGGAUGUGAAGAAAGCGCUGGAAAUUGAUCCUGACAACAGGGAUGUGAAGCUGGUGUACAAGACCCUAAAGGAAAGGAUGAGAGAGUACAAUAGACGUGAUGCCAAGUUCUACGGCAACAUGUUCGCGAAAUGGAGGAAGCUUGAACAGCUGCAGAAGGUGCCCAGGAAGCAGGAGCCGCAACCGAUGGCCAUCGACAGUGCAGCAUAA